CUGGGCAACACAGCCAGACCCUGACUCAAAACAAACAAACAAACAUACAAACAACAGAAAAGCAGGACGGGCGCGGUAGCUCAUGCCUGUAAUCCCAGCGCUUUGGAAGGCUGAGACGGCGGUAUCUCUUGAACUCACAAGUUAAGAGACAAGCCUGGGCGUGGGCUAUAUAGUGAGAUCCAGGUCUCUACCAAAAACAAAACCACUCAGUUUUUAGUCAUCUACAACGUCCUGCCUGGAAGCACGCUAUUUUGGGCCUCUGAGCCUUUGCACUUGCUAUUCCUUCUGCGCUGGGGAGAGCUCAAACCCUGCCCGAAACUUCUAAAAAUGGUGCCUGGAUAAAUGAAGGCAUCAGAGUUGCGACUGGACGGGCGUCUGUUGGAUGGCGCCACGGCUGGCACUUAUUGGGAGACGCUCAUUGGACAGUCACGUGAUGGGACUAAGCCUCCCGAGGGAGCGAGGCAGGUGCGGUCACGUGACCCGGCGGCGCUGCGGGGCAGCGGCCAUUUUGCGGGGCGGCCACGUGAGGGACGCACGUUCAGUGUGGCUCUCACGUGACCCGGGGCGCGCUGCGGCCGCCCGCGCGGACCCGGCGAGAGGCGGCGGCGGGAGCGGCGGUGAUGGACGGGUCCGGGGAGCAGCCCAGAGGCGGGGGAUGAUUGCCGCCGUGGACACAGACUCCCCCCGAGAGGUCUUUUUCCGAGUGGCAGCUGACAUGUUUUCUGACGGCAACUUCAACUGGGGCCGUGUUGUCGCCCUUUUCUACUUUGCCAGCAAACUGGUGCUCAAGGCCCUGUGUACCAAGGUGCCCGAACUGAUCAGAACCAUCAUGGGCUGGACACUGGACUUCCUCCGGGAGCGGCUGUUGGGCUGGAUCCAAGACCAGGGUGGUUGGGACGGCCUCCUCUCCUACUUUGGGACGCCCACGUGGCAGACCGUGACCAUCUUGGUGGCUGGAGUACUCACCGCCUCCCUCACCAUCUGGAAGAAGAUGGGCUGAGGCCCCCAGCUGCCUUGAACUGUGUUUUUCCUCCAUAAAUUAUGGCAUUUUUCUGGGAGGGGUGGGGAUUGGGGGACAUGGGCAUUUUUCUUACUUUUGUAAUUAUUGUGGGGGGUGGGGAAGAGUGGUCUUGAGGGGGUAAUAAACCUCCUUCGGGACA